GUCGCUCUCACAAACAGUUGGUCUUGGCCCUCUCUUAUGCAACCUGAUUUUUGUUUGUGUACGAUUUUCCAUCGGCUUUUAUUUUCCGUUCGAACUCCUGCCGGUUUUCGAAGGCUCACUCUGUGCGUCGGGAUUAUGUUCCUGGAUUUGUUCGUGUUUGCCGUUUAUAUAUAGUGCGUUAAUAAUUGUUGUUGGUGGUUAAUUAAGAGUCACGUGGUCUGUGCUCGGGAAACACGUUGGAAAUCAUGGAGAUGACUGAACUGAAAAAGCCACAACUAAUUGCCCAAGUAGACCAGAAAUCGGGUGGCGUAAACACACAAGUCGUCAUGACUAACUAUAAGAGUAACAAACAUGAGGUGCCAGCCCAAUCAGCAAACGGAUCAACCGUCCCACUGGUUCUGGGAAAUCCGAAUAUUGAUCCGGAAGCUGGAGAUUAUGAUCCCUUCCAACAUCGGAACGUCUCCCAUCCAACAUCUGAUCUGGACACCCUCAUCCACUUACUGAAAGGUAGCCUCGGGUCCGGCAUCUUGUCGAUGCCUUUGGCCUUCGCCAACUCCGGUCUGUAUUUCGGUCUGGCGUCCACCUUCGUGGUCGGUUUCAUUUGCACCUACUGCGUGCACAUGCUAGUCAGAAGUGCCCACUCGUUGUGCCGGCGGAUGCGAGUGCCCAUGUUGGGCUUCGCCGACGUGGCCGAAACGGCCUUCCUCGCCGGUCCCAAGCCCUUCCACCAAUGGGCCAAGUUCGCCAAAGCGUGCAUCAACCUGUUCCUGGUGAUCGACCUCUUAGGGUGCUGCUGCAUCUACGUGGUCUUCGUCGCCAGGAACGUCAAACAAGUCGUCGACUACUACGCCCCUGAACACGAGCUCGACACCAGAUAUUACAUGGCCCUUUGUCUGCCUUUGCUCCUACUCUUCAACACCAUCAAAAAGCUCAAGUACCUCGCCCCCUUCUCCAUGAUCGCCAACAUCCUGAUGGCCGUCGGAAUGGGCAUCACCUUCUAUUACAUCUUCAACGAAAUCCCCAACCACCCCAUCGACAGUAGGGAGGUCAUGGUCGAGCCCAUUCACUGGCCCAUGUUCUUCGGCACCGUCAUCUUCGCUUUGGAAGGUAUCGGUGUAGUUAUGCCCCUCGAAAACAACAUGAAAAACCCCACCCAUUUCAUUGGGUGCCCCAGUGUGUUGAACAUCGGCAUGUUCUGCGUCAUUUGCCUUUACUCUUCGGUCGGUUUCUUUGGUUAUUGGGUGUACGGGCCGGAAACUGAGGGCAGCAUCACCCUGAAUCUGCCCAAGGAUGAAAUUUUGGCCCAGUCUGUAAAAAUAAUGAUUGCCAUUGCUGUAUUCUUAACCUAUGCCCUUCAGUUCUACGUGCCCAUGGAAAUUAUCUGGAAGGCCAUGAAAAAUAGCUACCAAAACCCCAAAAUGGCUGAACGUGUCAUCCGUUACUCCCUUAUUGUGUUGACGGUGGUGAUAGCUAUUUGCGUCCCCAAUUUGGGCGGCUUCAUCAGUUUGGUGGGGGCAGUUUGCCUGUCCAUGCUGGGCAUGAUCUUCCCCGCUAUCAUUGACACGGUAACCAACUACGAAGACCCCGGACUGGGCGUAUUCAAAUGGAGAUUGGUGAAGAACAUUCUCCUCAUCGCAUUCGGUUUGAUAGGUUUCGUAUUCGGCACUUACGUCAGUAUAAAGGAGAUCAUUCAGGACUUUAAAUAAUUUAUUAAUUUUAACAUAUAUAGCGACAUCUAGCGUCCCAUUACAGGGAGUCGAGGAAAACGAUCUGGGUUUCACCAACGUACAUAUAUUAACAAGAUUAGCUCAUAACUAAUGUGUUUGUUUCAGUUUCAACUUAAGUCUCUUGUUAAUAUAUGGGUACCCUUGGUUCGAACCGGCUGGAACCCGGUAGUUUUUGCCAUCAUUUAGAAUUUCUAAAUUGGAAAUUUAUCUCAGUUUGAGAUGUAAAAUUGGGUGGGCAAGCCCCAAAAAAACUAUUACAUUAUAAAUCUCAUCAAAGUAAAAAGGUUUUUUUAAUUUUCUCGAAUGUUGAGCUUUAAGCUCCAAAUUAUUGAUAAACUUUCAACGUCAAGACUCCCUGCUGAACGUAAUUUAAAACAUUUAAUAUAAACAAACAAGUGUUAAUCAGGUAUUGUUAACAAUUUUGUGGGACGAUUAGAUGUAAUACAAAGCAUCGUAGAAAAAAAAAAAAGUAGACUGCAAGUUCGAACUGUGAUUUUUUCCAACAGGUAGAACAAGAUCUUAUUCAGUAAACCGAAAUUCCGCCAUUCAUUCAGCUAAUAAAUUGAUCAAUCAUUAUAUUUUUGUAAGGAUUAUAUGGAAAUAUCGAAUUCUGUUUUCUUGCUAAUUCAUCUAAUGUUUGUCUCUCAUAUUUCCUCAUCAAAAGUCAAAAUAGUGAGAAUUUUUUCAGCCAUCCAUCUAUUACAUGUAUAUUAUUGUGAUUUUUAGAAGUAGUUUUCGAAUAGUGAGCUCAAAUUAUAGUGUCAACUUGUUAGUGUUCAUUACUUUAUACUAUAUUUUUAAUUUUUAUGUUUAUCCAAUAAGUGCCAUCAUAAAAGUUAUAAAUGUAGCAACCAUAAUAGUUAUUAAUGUUAUUGAACUUGAUAGACACAUCCCCCUAAAAACACCAUGUGGCCUUAAUAGUCAAAAAAUAUAUGUAAAUAUUAAAAUUAACUAAACCAUAUUAAAUUAAUUUAAGUGUCUAACAUUGCAAUUGGUCCCUUUGAUUAAAAUCAAAAGAAGCUUAACAGAUUUGAUUAACGUACAGCAGUUCAAUAGCACUAAUUGCUCCAUAGAAUUAAGUUUUAUUUUUUCCCAGGCUCAAUUAUUUAUAGAAUAAUGUGAAGAAGUGACUCCACGUUUUGUCAGUAGUAGUCAUUCCUACUUUAUUUAUUGAUUUCAAUAGGAUUGGUUAAUAUUAUUUAUAGUGGUGAUGAUUCUACUGGCAAAGUUAUUUUUGGAUAUCUUUAAUUAUGUUUAAAAUUACAGAUAGUACAUCGAAUGCAGUAUUGAACACUUGCAACCUAACACAAUAAGUAACAGUAUUUGGUUCCAAAGGAACUGUUUUUUGGUGCCUUAUUCAAACCAAAAUCUGGAUUUUUUUGUCCAGGCCAGAAGAAUUUAAUGUUAUUUAUGAAAAACAGGGUUGGUUUAAAAAAUUUUUCAAAUGUUCCUUAUUGACACAGACAGCUCAGGUGUACUAAAUACUUUUUUAUUUUUAUUUCUGAUUGGAUUUUUUUUAAUGUUGUUAAUGUAUUUUUAUUAUUGUUUAUUAUAUAAUUUAUUAUCAGUAUUUCUUAUAUUUAAAAAAUCAGGAAAAAAGUUGUCUGUGUGAAGAACCUAUUGAACUAAAUUUUUUUUAUAUAAAGACCUUAAUAAAUAUGUUUAUGUUAUAUAAAUGUAUUUUUAAUUGUCUUUAUAUAAUUAAUAUUUAAUUUCACUUCUAAAUUCCUGUACUUAGUAUUUUAAGAAAUUGUGGCUAACAUCAAUUACAUCUAUCAAAAAAAAUACCUAAUACUCAAUGCAAGAAUUUAGAAUAGUUAAUAAAUUUGAGUCAAUAAUUCCCAAAAAUUUUGUUAUGAUAUUAUGUAAUUAUUUCAUAUACAUAUAUGACCACAAUAAAGGUUGUUUUCAAUACAA